CUCUAAUCCUGGCGAUGAAUGCACUGGUCCCCUUAACGAUCGCUUUAUAAGGAGCCACUUACUGCCUUGGGAGCGGCACAGUCGCGUUUUAUGUGACUGCAGAAAGCACACCGAGGGCUAAGUUUGCCUGCUAAUUACCCACUUUGUCUGAAGAUGUCCUCCAAAGCGAAAGAGCGCAAGACUGCCCCAGUGUCACACAAAGUUAUUGAGAAAAGGCGCAGAGAUCGGAUCAAUCGCUGUCUGAACGAACUUGGCAAAACUAUUCCGAUGGCGCUCGCGAAGCAGGGCACGGGCAAGCUGGAAAAGGCUGAGAUUCUGGAAAUGACUGUUCAGUAUUUAAGGGCCCUGCACUCCGCUGACUGCGCCAGAGGGAGAGACAAAGGCGAGUUAUUAACAGAGUUUGCGAAUUAUUUCCACGCUGGUUAUCACGAGUGUAUGAAGAACCUUGUUCACUAUUUAACGACGGUGGAGCGCUUGGAGACUAAAGACACCACAUACGCCCGAAUCCUCGCCUUCCUACAGUCCAAGGCUCGCCAAUGCGCCGACCCCAUCUUCGGGCCCGUCUCCACUCACGACCCAGAAUAUUCCUAUCAGUUCCACCCCGUCUCAGAGUUUACAAACCCGCGUUUGAACGAAUCGCUGUUGCAACAAGGAGCCGGGGUGGCCAGAACACAGCCGUUGCAUUGGCACAGCUCGGCGCGGAGUCCCGGGCUCCCGUUCAUCCCGAGCUCAGCGGUGCCCAUUGCAAACGCUGCAGGGCAGCAGCACAACUUCCUGCACUCCGUGCAAAGCCUUGAUCGCCAUUACAUUAAUUUGAUAGGACAUUCUCACACCAACACUUUCAGCCUGCACAACUCUCAGCACACAAACUCAUAAAGGACUUUGGGCAGGCGCUGAGAAUCCCUGUGGAGCUGUAAAUCUGUUAGAACCCGUUAGACCCAUUCCGUCGCCACCACAAAGCAGUAAGGAACCGGGGCUAGCCCUUCAGCUCCACGGAGUGACCCAUUUAGGGAUUGGUCCUGUAGACUUGUGACACAUCAAUUCAUAAACCCAUUGAAGCCCCUAUCGCGUUUUUCGCGGACUGUUGACAGCCGCACCGUCUCCAAUUCCAGUCCAUGUAACAAUCCUCUAUCCAUAGAGAAUAUACUGUUUACUCGGUGCGUCACGUCCACAUCAUUUAGAGGAUGUUGGUAAAAAUGUAUGUCUUGCCCCAUUUGAAAUUCGGAUUGUGUCACCUUUUAAACAGGAUUUAUAGCCUGAAAUAUAUUUGUAAUUCCGUUGCUUUAAAUCGGAGGAUGGGAAACUCUCGCCUUAAGUAAACAUAUAUUAAAAUAGGAUUCACAAACACAUAGCAAAACAAUAACAGUGUAAUUUUAUUCUGCCAAUGGAGUCCUGUCUUUGUUGAUUUACUUUGGUGCCUUGACAGUUUUAUUUGCAAACAAGUGUCCUGAAAUAACAAUGAUACAGCUCUAUCUCCACGCCCCUGAUUUCCUCUCUCCCCCUACAGCUCUCCCCAUGGAAGAAGCGCUGGAUGUUGCGCGAGUCGAACAUGCGCUGACAGUAAAGCGUUUUCCGCCGCUUCUAACAACGACGAUCGCACGGAAAGUAAAAUUUUGUUCGGUCCUUAAGUGUUUUGAAUUUACAUAGUUUACCCCAAACCAAACAAUAACAACAAUAGUUUACAGCUUCAUGUUGUGGACGAUUAGAAUUACUAAACCCUGGGGCGUGUUUAGUGAGGAGAGCGCUCUGUUCACAUAUCAUGUUUGAUAUAAAACAUGAACAGAACUAACUCAAGAGAGGAGAUUAGCAGCACGGCUACGGAAUGAGUAAUGACACACAAAAAUAAAACAUCUACCUUUCGAGCAACUCACCGUUUCUCAAUGGUAACCAUUCCGCAAGCGCAGUUCGGAACGAAAUUCAUAAUUGAAAACUAAUGUUGACGGGGGAAAUGUAUCGAAGUAUAUCCCUUCUGUUUCUUACUUUGACUUGCUUGUUGCAUCGUCUUCCUUGAAGUAACACUGGUGUUUCCUUCACAAAUGCCACACCCUUUCAAUAACUAAAAGCUCAAAUACCUAGUUCGGAUGAUGAUGGGCGUUGUCCUGGAUAUUCCAUGUACUAAUAUCUAUCUUAAUAACCAAUAAUUUAAUAAUAUUUCGGUGAGAAUG